UAAUGUGGCGAGUGGCUAUUGGACUGGUCCACUGGGACUGCAUCUAAUAAUUAGACCUUCUCGUUUCCUUUUCUCGGCCUCAAACUCAAUAACCCACCUGGUUCCGUUGCUCCCCCUCUUUCGUGUCCCUCUCCCUCUCCCCUCUUUUUCUUUCUUGCUCCAAAAUUUUCCCAAAUCUUGGAAGGAAGGAAGUAUAGGAAUCAAGGAUUGGAUUCUGGACCGAAAUCGCAGUGGAACACGAGGUCUGGAUUUCGGACCCCCGGACCAUCUUUCUGAUUUUGGAGAGAAACGUCUUGGGAUGAGCUGCAUGUGGAUUUGGAGGCUUUGAUGUGAAUAAUUAUAGCGUUUUGGGAGCUGAUACAACAGGAGAUACAGUUGAAAGAUCGAGGAGUUUAGCGGUUAAUUAUAUGCUGUGGAGAAAGGGAGUUGGAAGGAAGAAUUCAAACAGGUGGAAGCAAAGGUUGGUGGAUUUCCGUUCUACGGAGUGAGCUUCAAGAUCCUAAAGUGACAGAAUCUGUAGCGAUGGAUAUUCAGGGAAAAACUGAAAGCACAAAUCCCAAGCCCGCAUGUGAGCCCAAUGAUCAAAUGCAUGUGGAUGUCAAAGCUAAAUCUACAUGCGGCCUUCAGUCGAACGAAGUGACUUCAUAUGGGGAUGAACUUAUCCAUAAGGUAAGGAAACCAUACACGAUAACAAAACAGCGAGAGAAGUGGACUGAAGAAGAACACAAGAAGUUUCUCGAAGCUCUACAACUGUAUGGGCGUGCCUGGCGUCGCAUUGAAGAAUACAUAGGCACCAAGACUGCAGUUCAGAUUCGAAGCCAUGCUCAGAAGUUUUUCUCCAAGGUGGUGCGAGAGUCAACUGGUAACAGUGCAUGUACCUUGCAGCCUAUUGAGAUACCUCCUCCCCGACCAAAGAGGAAACCAUUGCACCCAUAUCCUCGUAAGCUGGGCCAUUCAUCCAGCAAGCGAAUCCCAAUUCUGAAACAACUGGAGAAGCCUUCAUUGCAGAUCCCCUCUGCCAAUGAACAGGAGAAUGGAUCACCAACAUCUGUCCUAUCUGCAAUUGGAUCAGAUACCUUAGGCUCAUUUUUUUUUGAAUCCCCCAAACAGUUGUACAUCACCAGUUGCAUCUGCUGCUGAAUCAAAUGAGCAAGUCAAUGGAGGUCAGUCACCAACCUUGUCAGUUGGAGAGGAGAACCUUGCUGCUGAAUCAAAUAAGUUUCAAUUACCAGCCUCAGGGGCCGUUGCGUUGACUAUAGGAGAACAACCUGCAGAA